CGGCAUUGUGAGGCAUUUGAACACAGGACAGCGAGUGGAUCACACACACUCGCACUCACACUCACACACACACUUUGACACAUACCCGUGGAGUAUCAGCGCUCGGAUCGGGACGGACAUAAGGGGAGAACUGCACCUGUCCUCCACACACACACGCACACACGCAGAGGAUCUGACCGGUCGUCCAUAUGUGUGGAUGGGACCAAAGUUACACGGCGACCUCUCAUAGCUCGGCCAUGUUGACCAGUGAGGGGGCGCACACCAUGGAGCAGGAAGAAUCGCACCACGGAGCCAAGCUGGCCGCCACGGCCACCACCAGCACCAGCAGCUCCGGCUCAGAGGCGAUGGCCGACACGGACCUGGACAUGGAGAUGGAGAUGGAUGACGCAGACAUGACCCGGUGGACGGAGGCCGAGUUCGAGGGGAAGUGCACGUACAUGGUCAAGGAUACGGCGUGGGAGGCAGGGCCAGACGGCGACGCCACGACAAGAGCAGAGGCCUCGUUGCCCCGAAACCUCAACUUCAAACACCUGGCCGACAGCAAAGAGGUGGUCGGUGUGUGCAGCAGGGAGUACAUCCCCAAAGGAACUCGCUUCGGACCCCUGGUGGGCGAGAUUUACACGGCCGACAGCGUGCCCAAAGACGCUAACCGGAAGUACUUUUGGAGGAUCUACGAGGACCAGGAGUUCCACCACUUCGUGGACGGCCUGGAUGAGAGCCGCUCUAACUGGAUGCGCUACGUGAACCCGGCCCACUCCGCGGCGGAGCAGAACAUCGCGGCGUGUCAGAACGGCAUGGAGAUCUACUUCUACACCGUGAAGCCUGUCCCCGCCGGCGCCGAGCUGCUCGUCUGGUACUGCCACGACUUCGCCCGGCGUCUCCACUACCCACCGUCCGGAGAGCUGAUGAUGCAGAAACUGAAGCAGUCCCUCUUGGAGGUGAAGCAGCAGCAGGUGAGCAGUGAGGAGCGCUCGGUCGACGCCUCCAGCCCGUCCCCAGCAACGUUAACCCCCGCCCCACCCAAGAGGGAACACAGCGUCCUCUCCAUUCUUCGUGGCACCAACUGCACAUCUUCCUCCUCUUCCUUGUCGGUAAAAAGGGAGCCGAGCCGGCCUCUUCCCACCCGCCCGCGCUGCGCCGACAGCCCCGAGCGUCCCCUGUACCCUCGCGCCAUCUACCCGGGCCUUAGGCCCCACCCUCACCUCCCUGAAGACUUCCUCGGACACAAACACGGCUACCCCGCAACCCGGUCGCCAGGAAAUCAGUCUUCAGCCACGCCCAGCCCGUCAGCAAGGAGCAGCCCAGAGAGCAGUCCUCAGGGAAGCCCCUCGGGUCCGGCCCCAGCAUCUUUCUACCCCACCGGACUCGGUUCUACCCCUGGUUACUCCCCGCCAUCAACCCCUCUAUCCUCAUCCUUCUACCCUCCCGGAGCCCCCUACUCACGCUACCUCCUUCCCCAUCACUACCCUCUGCCAGGCGGAGGUGUCCCCACCGUUGGAGGAAUCUUCCCCAGGAUGUACCCCCUCUACAUGCCCCCUCACAUGCCCCUCCUGCCCUCCGAAGCAGCAGGAAGGCGCUUCCUGAUGCCUGAUCACGUCCACCCGUCCUCCAUCUCGGCCCACAGAGAUUUCCUCCUCCCCAGGCCCAGCAGUGCCUUCUCAGCCGCCACCUCUCUGAAAGACAAAGCGAGGCUCCACCACUCUUACCCCGGGCACCCACACGGACCCGCCCCCUCCAGAGGCUCCCCAACAGCAGGCACCUCCCCGCCUAACGAGCGGCUGCCCACCAGGCCUACUUCCGCGAUGCUGGGCAACUCGAGCGAUGAUGAGGAGGCCAUGAACCUGUCCAAAGUGAAGCGUGGCCCCGGAUCAGCGGGCUACAAGGCGCUGCCGUACCCGCUGAAGAAGCAGAACGGGAAAAUCAAGUACGAGUGCAACGUGUGCAGCAAGACCUUCGGACAGCUGUCGAACCUGAAGGUUCAUCUUCGUGUCCACAGUGGCGAGAGACCCUUUAAAUGUCAGACCUGCAACAAAGGCUUCACCCAGCUGGCUCACCUGCAAAAACACUUCCUCGUCCACACCGGGGAGAAGCCGCAUGAAUGCCAGGUUUGUCACAAGCGCUUCAGCAGCACCAGCAACCUGAAGACUCACCUGCGGCUGCACUCGGGGGAAAAGCCUUACCACUGCAAACUCUGCCCGGCCAAGUUCACCCAGUUCGUCCACCUCAAGCUGCACAAGCGCCUGCACUCCCGCGAGCGCCCUCACAAAUGCUCCCACUGCCACCGCCACUACAUCCACCUGUGCAGCCUGCGACUUCACCUGAAGGGCUACUGCCCCACGGUGUCCAGUCAGGGCGCCCUGGAGGAGGUGCAGCGGGCCAACGAGGAGAUCGAACGCUUCGACGUCAGCGAGCACGCCGAGCAGCUGGAGCAGCUUCAGGGAGGCGCGGAGGUAGAGGCCAUGUUGGAGAAGCAGGUGUUGGGGAUGCUGUGGAGGGAGAGCGACCUCAAGUCCCCUCACUUCCAUUCCCACCACAAGGGCAGCGGCAACAACCUUCUGUCGGCGGGUUACGGUGCGUACGAGUCCCCGAACGAGACGUCGGUGAUCAAGAGGCGGCAAGGCAGCCCCAUCCUGCCGCUUCCUGCCAACGUCACCGUCAAGCAGGAGCUGGAGGAUCACGCUUAAGUGACGUUUAACCCCCAAAGACUCACAGACUUCAUUGCCAGGAGCAACCGCUGUAAAUAAGUAAUUCUAUACCUGGUUCAGGAGUGACUUCCUGUUCACACCAGGUCUUCAGGGACUCGCGUACUCAGGGCUCAAGAGACACUGUCCCAUGACUACUUAGCGUUUAUUAUACUUAGAGACAAUCAUGUACCCUUUAAUGUAAUUAAUAUAAUGCUAUUAUAAUUAUUGUUGUUGUAUUAUUUGGUCUCUGUUUUCAAAUGUUUUUUUGUUUGUUUUGUUGAUCAUUAGCUGUUAUAUAUCCUCCUUAAUUUAUUAUACUUUUUAUUUGUUGUCUUCAAAAGCAAUAAGUGGAAGAGAUGGUUACACUGACGGGGUGAAAUCAAUGUACAUUUUAUUCUGUUUUUGUAUUUCUCUGUGGCCAUUUCUGUGUAGAUAGUCACUCUCUCUAUGCCUGUAUCCGUCCGUCAUGACACCUCUGAGCUGAGGGGUGUCCACUCUUCAGGGUUUUAUCUAUUUAAGAUUUAGAAACCAGGUUAAAAAAAAGGGGUUGAAAAACUUGCCAAAGUGCGGCACAUAAAUUUGUUAAGUCACCCAAGAAGAGCUUUAUUUUUCAACCCUGCUUCGUAGCUUCCCGAAAGUAUGUCUGUGUUCUGAUGCCUACUUAAUUUAAUUUGAAACAAAAAAAGGGCAUUUGUUUUUGUAUAGUUUUCACAACGGUUACCUCAGUGUGCAUGUGACGGUAUGAGAGGACGUGUGUUUGUGAGUGUGUUUUUAAAGGGACAGCUAAAGGUGGGAGCUUUCUAUUUAUUUGCGUUUUUUGCUACUUGAAGAAGAAAAAGAAGAAGAAGAAACCGAACUGGACUGCAGCUGGUCCAAAUGAGGAGGCAACAUGUAGCACAUAAAGGACUCGGACUCCUUUCGUUUUAUUUUUCUAACAACACUGUCACCCCCCCCACCCCCUCUCCCCCUCCUACAGGGAAGUGAAUACCCCUGCGAUUUUGGGAUUCACGCUCGAUGCUAGCAACCAAAGUACACUUGGCUUUAAUUUCAAACCAAAAAAUAGAGGAGAGGAAAGGAGGAAGGAACUUGAGGAAUCAAAAUGCUGAAGAAGGGAAGAUGUACUGUGUGUAUUCGAUGAAGUAUCGCUGUGGUUUUGUCGAUGUUUCGUUUAUUUCUUUUGUUAAUAUUUCGGUUGAGAGCAACGGCCCCUUCUUGAACCCCACCGUCCGCCAUCGUGUUGAACUGGCAUACACCAAAGCACCUCGGCCUUUUUUAUGCACUGCCCCCCCCCCCCCCUACUCCUUCUACUUUAUAACUUCAGUGCCGAUGCUUGCACCCUUUCCACUGUUUACAGUCUCACUGAAACUGGUCAUAACGGCAUUAAGAGUCAACUUAAUGUUCCAAAAGCAACUGUGAUUUUCUGCAGCAGCUGCACAUCAACAACCUGAACUCUGUAGCUCGCUAUCUCUCUCUCUUUAUUUCUCUCCCUGUUUCAUUUUCUUCCUCUCCAACUAAUGUUCGACCAAAGCGUCUUUCUCUGAUCAGAGCUUUAACUCCAGAGGGGAAUCCACUAAAGGACUGUCUCUGUUUACAUACUGGUUUACAUAGUUAUUUAUGUGCAAAAAUGUCAAAAAGUGUAAAUUAUGAUAUAAAUGUUCACUGCUCUAAUCUAAA